AUGUCAAGCUUGAUGUGGAAGAGCUUCAACCUCUGCUUCUUCAAAUUCAAGUGCUUUCCCUCAAUCGCUUUUUCCCCACCGCCGCCGGCUAUUGACGAGCUCGACCAGGACCACCGUUUCUCCGACGCCGACGUCAACAAUCCAUCAAUUUUCAAGAAUUUCAACUCCUUAUACGACGCCAACUCCUGCUGCGCCUCCGACCACCUCUCCAAAUCCCUCACCUUCUCCACCACCACCACCACCGCCGCCGGCGCCGCCACAGACGACUUCCUCUCCUCCUCCGACGACGACGACUCCGCCGACGACCCACUGCCCGACUUCACCUCCGCAUUCGCCUCCAACCGAUUCUUCCUCUCUUCCCCUGGCCGCUCCAACUCCAUCUUCGACCAUCCUCCGCCGCCGCCGGAGGAGGAAGGCUCCGGCGCGGUGGUUGGCGGCGGCGUGCCCGUAUAUACCUACUCGCCCGAUCCGUACGCCGAUUUCCGGAGAUCGAUGGUGGAGAUGAUCGAGGCCCGCAACAAGGCCGACUGGGAAAACUCGAGUACCCACGAACCAUAUCACUAG